GUUUGGGUUUAUAUAUUUAAUUCUGUCUCGUAGCAUAAUAUUAUUUUAGUUUGUUGUCUUAAGUUUUGCUCAAUUAUCGCCGUUUGUAUUAGCUUGCUAGUAGCUAACCUGACGUUCGUUAGCGAGCUAACUUGUCAGUCAUAGACUGUAUAACGUUAGUCAUCCUGUAACUUACAUAACGUUUGGUGUUUCACCGUUGAUUAGCUAGCUAAGAAUAUAGUGCUUUUUAAAUGGCCGCCAUGUACCGCUCAUAUUCUCCAAACCUGGUUCGACCUAACCUGCCCUUGAGGAAACCAUCUUCGAGCCCCGUGGCUCUUUCUGCAUUGCCUCCUCCAAGACAUCUCACCGUGCCCAAUGCAACACCAGUGCGCCCCGUGUCAGACGCCAUUGGAGACGGUCCUAUAAAUUCACCAGUCAGCAGGGAUACAUCUGCAGUGUUAGGAUCCAUGCCACCAGCACUGACUGUAUACUUCUGCAACUACUGUGGUCAACAAGGAAAUUUUCGGUGCAAGCGCUGCAAGAAGACACCUUACUGCUCUGUGGUGUGUCAGACAGAAGAUUGGAAGGCACACAGACACAUGUGCAAGUCUGUUGAUCCAGAACCUGCAAAAGAGAAACCAAAGGAAACCACAGCCUCGCCAGUGGCUGGAGACAGAACUGGCCUGCUUGAGUCUAAGCAUGGUGAUGUAUCCAGCAUCCAGAGGGUCUAUUUUAAGGACUUGCAUAUGGCUAAAAUCAUAAAGGGAACUGACAUCCAGGCAUCUGUUGUUGAGUUCUACAACCCUGGCAGGUUUUUCCUUCUUGCCCAAAGCCCUGAGCUGCUGGAAGCUCUGCAAAGCAUCAGCACAGAGCUUCAGAAAACUUAUAGCUGCCCUUCAGUGACAACAUAUGUACCUCAUGUUGGAGAGGUUUGCGCGGUUCAGUUCUCCUGUGACCUGAACUGGUAUCGAGGCCUGGUCCAGACUUUGGCUACUAACCAGAAGAUGGCUAAGAUCCUUUACAUUGACUUUGGCAAUGAAGAGGAUGUCCCCGUGGACAGGAUCAAGCCCCUGGCUGCUAAUAUCCCGCCAUUUUGUCCAUGUGCAAUGGAGUGCUGUAUCGCCGGGGUGGUGCCAGUGGCUGGCAACUGGUCAGGCGAGUGCUGUAUUGCAGUGAGACAGCUGUUGGCUGGCAAGACUGUGACUGUUAGGCUGGAGGAAACACUAGAGUAUGGUCGCAUCCAUGCUGUGGAUAUCCUACUUUCCAUGGGAAAGCAGGUAAGCACAUUCCUGCUUGAGCACGGUUAUGCAGAACAGGAAGCAGUCAACGUGACACCAACUGAGCAAGAAAUAAACGCCAUGGUGAGUGCAUCCUUGGAGAACUUCAGACGUCUCUCUGAUGGGAAGGAUGACAACACCUGGGCUCAGCCACCGGAGCCACUAACACAGGCAGUGGGUGACUCCUUCACUGUUGUGGUCACCCACCUCCAGUCACCCAAUGAAAUUAUCGUACAGAAAGUGGAGAAUGCUGGAGUAAUUCAGGAGUUGCAGUUGAAGCUGAGGGAACACUGCUGUCAGGUCCCAGCCCGCCAGAACUUCAGACCAGCCCCUGGUACAGUUUGCUGUGCCCAGUUCUCAGAGGACAAGCAAUGGUACAGGGCUAAAGUUCUGGCUUAUUCAUCAGAGGAACGAGUCUGCGUGGGCUACCUUGAUUUUGGCAACUCUGAGGAUGUGGAUUUAGGCCAUCUGCGGCCUAUCAGCACUUCACUACUGGCCCUGCCCAUGCAGGCUAUGCCUUGUGGUUUAGCAGGGGUGCAGCCCGUUGGGGAAAGCUGGUCAGAGGACUGCCUUUUGGCCCUGCAGCGAAGGGUAUCAAACAGAAUACUGCGCAUUGAGAUCCAGGGAGCGCAUGAGGGCAAGGCUUUAGUGGCCAUGAUUGAUGAGGCCAGUGAUCCUCAGGCCAAUGUAGCCGAGCUACUAAGCUCUGCUGGUUUUGCUGCACCUGCUCCUGUUACCACCAGUAACGACCAGCAGGUUGACCAGACAGCAACUUCUGCUGCGGAACCACAUGUGCCUACUCCAGUCUGUGAGCCUCUGGUGUGGUCUUGUACUGAGCUUCCCUGUGACGGCAAGACACUGGCACUGCUAGCCAGUGUUGUGGAGAACCCUGGAGAGUUUUACUGCCGCAUCAACAAUCCUACAGACCAUCGGCGGCUGAUAGAGCUGGGGGCUGAGUUGAAACAGCAUUGUGAGGCGAAGGCUUCACCUUUUGUGCCCAAAGUGGGAGAGCCCUGUUGUGCCAUGUUUCCUGGUGAUGGAGCGUGGUAUCGGGCUAUGGUAAAUGAGGUGUCUGAAGAUAAGGUGUCUGUAAACUUUGUGGACUAUGGUUAUAGCAUGAAAGUGGAAAAGAACCACCUUCGAUCCAUUACAUCCCAACUCCUGACUCUACCCUUCCAGGCAAUUCACUGCUGGCUCACAGGUGUGGAGCCCCUGGGAUCAGAGUGGAGCAGUGAAGCCCAGCUGUGGUUCCAGACUCUGGUGGAUGGCGAGCAGCUCUCUGCACGUGUCCUUUCAGUCACUGAACAAGGCUACGGUGUGGAGCUGGAGAGCAGAGGGCAGAAUGUGGCAGCUGCCCUAAUUUCUGAGCAACUAGCCAAAGCUCCUGGAGCAAUUCCCAAAGAGACACAUGCAACCACAGGCUCUGGAGCCAAACACCAAGAGGAAAUAAAGGAAAAUGAGCACAGCCAAAUGCAUGUGCAAGCCUCCAGCCAAACAAGAGACAGUUCCAAAGAGACACCAACUGAAGGGCCAACUGCAACACUAUCAGGUCAGCUAGAAACGCCAUCUUUCCCAGUGGACUGGAAGACAGUUGAGCUGCCUCUCAACGAGACCUUUCAGCCUUACGUUGCAGCUGUCAUUAGUCCUUCCCUCUUCUACCUGCUCGGUCCCAGCCAGGUGGACCAGCAGAAGCUUCAGGUGGUGAUGAUGGAGCUGGCUGCCUACUGCAGCAACAACAUGGCCUCUUUAUCCUCCGCCGUCCUGAGCAGACCAGCUCCUGGGGCUGCCUGCUGUGCCCAGUUCUCUGCUGACAGUAACUGGUACCGUGCGGUGGUCCUGGAGGUCGGUGAGAAUGAGAUGAGUGUCAUCUAUGCAGAUUACGGCAACAGUGAGAAGGUACCAUUCUCCCGCAUCUUGCCCAUCCCCAUGCACCUGCUGCAGCUUCCCUUUCAGAUCACUCGGUGCACCCUCACUGGUAAGGAGCACUUCCCUGCAGAGAUUCCAGAGGAAGUGCAGCAGAUGUUUCGAGGCCUGCUGUCGAAUGGCGUCCUGGCCACUGUCCAGUCCUUCACUGGCUCUGCUAAUGUGGUCUCACUCACUCUGCCCACUGAGAGGGGCGGAGGGAACCUCAUAGCCAUGAUCUUGGAUACACUACAGGCCCAGGCCAAGAGUAAUCCUUGCCCAUCCACCACUCAGAAAGAUGACCAAACUGACAGCAGCACAUCUACUGCCAGCACUACAGCUGUACCUGACUGCCCUCAGCCCAAAUCUGAGACCCAAACGGGGCUGGAAAAUCCAACAGCUACCACUGGCCUAACUGUAACCCCAGAGCUGACACCCCAGACUCCCCAUCAGAAGAAAAACACUUCUGCGGUGUCAGUCAAUGAAAAUCCAGUUCAGAAGAUUAUUGAGCAAAUGGAGCCUCCAUGUAAAAUUGAUGCAAAAACUAAUGUUCCUCAGACCUCUGGCUGCUGCUGUCUGAGCCUGAAGACUAAGAUUGACCACCUGGAACAGUUGUUGGAGCUGCAGCUUUCUCUCAUCAAGCAGUUAGUGGGACAGAUGAAAUAAGAUUGACCAAGUACAUAACUUUAUAGUGUUGUUCGCCAACUUGUUGAAAUCAAGGAUGUUGAGUUUUUUCCGGACCAUGUUUCUUUAAAGCAAGUUAACUCUGAAUGUGGCCUCCAGAAGCGUCCACCCAAUCUGUAAUUUUAAUUUUGUCACCAUAUUCCAGAAGUUGCCAUCCAGAUUUUAAUUUUGCAUUUUAAUUUUAUGUUUUUACCCAGUGGUUAAAUUCCAGUCACUUUUUCACUUUUUAGGUGUUAUAAAUAUUUGUGGAGGUUUUCGGAAACAAAUGCUGACUGCACUUAUUAGGUUUGUUAAAGUUGGCAACACACAAAAUCAGCAAAAAAAGAUGUUCAACCUCAUUUAUCCAAGUGUGUGUUUUUCUCUUAAGUGUGCUUGUAGGCAUGCUGCCAUCUGUUCCUUUGUUCAUUCCUAAUCACCUGUUAAGGUGGGAUGUCCAGCCUGAUUGAUUUAUGUUUGACAUGUGUUUCAGUUUUUACAUAAAGGUUUCUGUGACAAACAGAAUAGAAA